CGCGGUUCCUGUCCCCGAGCCAUGGACUCCCGCCUCUGCCGCAACGUCUAUCCCGGCGUCGUUAUUAACAUCCAGCGGAGCAGUGGCUUAAUCCACAAGGCCACGGUGAAGGUGGUGAACGUGGAGCACUCCUGCGUGACCGUGGAGUGGUGUGAGAGUGGUGCCACUAAAGGCAAGGAGGUUGAUAUUAGUGAUGUCAUUGCAAUAAAUCCUGAAUUAUUAGAACUACCUCCUGCUGAUGUGAAAGAGAAUGUUCCUGUGCAAGACAACGUAACUUCACAGAAACAGAAGCGUAGAACAACCCUCUCAAAAAUUCCUGCUCCUCGAGAAGAAGUCACAUUUAAUGUCUCUGCAAAUGAGCAGAAGAUUCAAGCUGUGCGUGGCCGUUCCAGGAUGUCUGCUCUCACAGAACCCCAGUGUGGCUUCCAGGAAGAUGAAAUGGCAGUAGAUCCCUCCACUUCUGUGCAAACCAGAAAAUAUUUGGCUGCUGGCCGAACCAGGCCUACUGGGCUGAGUUGUGUUCCAGAAGCUUCCCUGGAAAAUGUAAAUGGAAAUCCAGAGAAUCAUCUGUCUGCUGCUAGAACAAACUGUUCAGUGAGCCCAGUUCGAAGAAGAUCUAACAUUGUGAAAGAGAUGGAGAAAAUGAGAACCAAGAGAGAAGAAAAGAGAGCUCAAAAUAGUGAAAUCAGGAUAAAACGAGCACAGGAGUUUGACAGCAGCUAUCCAAACUGGGAGUUUGCACGUAUGAUCCAGUCAUUCAGAGCAACUUUAAACUGCCAGCCAAUAUCUAUAAGUGAUCCAAUAGAAGAGCACAGGAUUUGUGUCUGUGUGAGAAAGCGCCCUCUCAAUAAGCAAGAACUUCUGAAAAAGGAAUGUGAUGUGGUUACUGUUCCGAGCAAGUGUGUCCUGAUGGUGCAUGAGCCAAAGCAGAAAGUGGACCUAACAAAAUACCUUGAAACCCAAACAUUUAGAUUUGACUUUUCAUUUGAUGAAACUGCUUCGAAUGAAGUGGUGUACAGAUUCACUGCUAGACCUCUUGUAGAGACCAUCUUUGAGGGUGGGAAGGCGACAUGCUUUGCAUAUGGCCAGACAGGCAGUGGCAAGACGCAUACUAUGGGUGGAGACUUCUCUGGGAGAAGCCAGAAUGCCGCAAAGGGCAUAUAUGCUUUUGCCUCACAAGAUGUCUUCCUCCUCCUAAACCAGCCCAGGUACAGGAAUCAGAAUCUGGAAGUCUAUGUGACUUUCUUUGAAAUAUACAACGGAAAAGUGUUUGACCUGUUGAAUAAGAAGGCCAAACUUCGAGUCCUGGAGGAUGGCAAGCAACAGGUCCAGGUUGUUGGUCUCCAAGAAAACCCAGUUAGCUGUGCUGAGGAUGUCAUCAAAAUGAUCUCGAUGGGCAGUGCUUGCAGGACAUCUGGGCAGACUUUUGCAAAUGCCAGCUCUUCCCGGUCACACGCCUGCUUCCAAAUCAUCCUGCGACGAAGAGGACAAAUGAUUGGCAAAUUUUCCUUGGUGGAUCUGGCAGGAAAUGAAAGGGGUGCAGACACAUCUAAUGCUGAUCGGCAGACACGGAUGGAAGGUGCUGAAAUCAAUAAGAGCUUGCUGGCUUUGAAGGAGUGCAUCCGAGCUUUAGGGCAGAACAAGUCCCACACCCCUUUUCGGGAGAGCAAGCUGACACAGGUGCUAAGGGACUCUUUCAUAGGAGCAAACUCAAGGACCUGCAUGAUAGCAAUGAUUUCUCCAGGCAUGAGUUCGUGUGAAUACACCUUAAACACACUGAGAUAUGCUGACAGAGUGAAAGAGCUCAGCCCUCAUGAUGGAGGCAGUGAAACCCAGAGUCAGAUGGAGACUGAGGAGGCUGAGACCAGUACUGAAGGCUCAGGUCUUCAACUCAAUUUCUGCAAGGAUGAGGAGGAAGAGUUCUCUCCACACAUGUUCAACUAUCGAGAGGUUAUGACUCAAAUCAGUGAACGGGAGGAGAAGGUUGUAGAACAGCUCAGAGAACUGAGACAGAAAAUUACUACUGAACUUGACUGCCUCUUGGAAAUCACAGAGAAACCAGAUUAUGAUCUUGAGACCUUUGUGAGCAGAGCUAAUUACUUCAUAGAGGACAGCUCAAGAAAUUUCCUUUGUGUCAGAGAAACACUGGAUGCCCUGGGGACUGCCAUGCAACUGGAGGAGCAAGCCAGCAAGCAGAUUAGCUGGAAGAGGCCUUAAUCAUUACAGCAAAACCUGGUUCACAAGCAAUCUUUCAUGCACUUGUCUUGUCUUGCAUGUUUGUCAGUGGUUUGCAUCACUCCUGUUUUAAAUGUGGUAGGGUGUCUGCAGGUCACAUGCCCAAAGGCAGUGAACACAGCAGCCUUUUUCUUCAUGGCCUGUAUCAGGGUGCUCAGCAAAGUGCUAAAAUGCACCCGCUGCAAGGCUUGGGUAGGGGGCCUGAGAGUCUGCAGUCUCUGCCUGCAGAGAUAGCUAGCCCUUUGCUGGUGACAGUGGUUUCCCCUAAGAGAACUACACAUGUGUAGUACAUUACCUUUUCCAGAUGUGCUUGAAACAUUGCAAAACUGUUACAAGUUUUGCUUUUCUAGAAGGAAAUAAAAUGGACUAUAUGAUUGUAAAAACCAGUAUUUUAAGAAGUUGAAUAAAUAAAUGUUCUUGGA